CGGCCGGUACAUGUGCUGCCAUAAACCGAGCUAGCCUCGACUGAAACGUCACUUCAAGGGAAAAAGAAACGAUUAGUAAACAUUUCCAAGGAGUCUGCGGUCAUUUUGGGAAACGGGGUGAAUUACGUGGUUCUAGGACAAGUUGAAAACCAGUCGCCAAACAGAGUCGCGACUCCUACGCCACGUUUUCUGUAUUUCUGUAUUUCUGUUUCACUUCUGCGACGUUUUCUGUAAGAUAACAGUACUUCCGCGUCUAUGGACGACUGCUCGAAAGGUAAUUAGCUGCUAUUUCCUUGUACAGUCCAGCUUGCAGUGACCACUUCGUUGCGACCAUCACAGGAAUGAGGAAGAGAGUGAUGGGUGCAUCUCACAGCUCCUCCGACUCGACUCCGACCAGGAGUAGGAACUACAGCCCGGCCUCAGGUGACACAGGACAGUGCCCAGGCCCGUACCUUGUUCUUCCUCUGGUGGUCAUCGAGGAGAUCCUCAUGAAUCUUCCCCCCUAUCAAGUUGUGCGUGUCGCCCGGUUAGUGUGCCGCGAUUGGAAAGACGUGGUUGACAGUGAAUCUCUGUGGAGAAAGAGAUGUCGAAGAGAGGGAUAUCACCUGAGUGAUCCUGCGAAAGUACCCUCAAACUGGAGGUUGUUUUACUUCUUGUGCAAGAAGAGACGGAAUCUUAUCAAAAACCCAAGAGCAGCAGAAAAAUUUAAUGGCUGGCAGAUUUUAGAGAAUGGUGGUGAUCAGUGGCAAAUAGAGGAUCCAAUGGUGCCACACCCAAAUGAGACAGUCCAGAAAGUGUUUGUAACCUCUUACAGCAUGUGUAAGAAGUCCCAGCUGAUUGACUUGGAGAAGGAGGGUUACAACCCCUUAUUUAUGGAUGAGUUUCAGCCUGAUAUCAAAAUAUCUGAUUGGUAUGCACCACGAUGGGACUGUGGCUCUCAAUAUGAGAUCAGUGUGCAGCUGCUGAAUCACAGGAAGAGGCCUAUCCAGACGUUUGCCCCUGACAGGGUUUACUUUGACCAGUGGAAUGAUCAGCAGUGGAAUGAGAUUACCCAUACAUUCAAGAACUACGGACAGGGGGUGCGAUUCAUCCGUUUUACCCAUGGAGGCCAGGAUACGCAGUUCUGGGCAGGAUGGUAUGGAGUUCGCGUUACUGAGAGCAGUGUUGAGAUAUGUCCGUCAGUGGACAGGUAACUCUUUGUGGUUCUUCUAACACCUGCCUCCUGCCUUUGUCUAAAACCGCACCUUUUCAUGUCUUGUCUGUCUUAUUUUCAGUGUGGAGAGAUCUUUGCCGUCUGAAUAAAAUCUUGAAUAUAUCUGUGGGUUUCUAUAUGAAAUGUAAUUUUCUAUGUCAGAUUUUUCCACUGCAGCAGCUUGAGGAGACGAUGUUAUGCAUUUGUAUUUGAUAACAUCAUAGGUUAUACAAAUUGGUUCAGCCAUCCAGACAUCUUUGAAAGGCUGUAACUGAUGUGCUAUGACACAAGCGGAAAAGGAAAUGUUAGAAUGAGAGCUGUUGUAAGCAGUGUGAGACUGACUUCACCUAAAUUAUGCAUAUCUCACUGUGAAAGUAAAAGCACCUUCAGAGACCAUUAAAAUCUGGUUAACAGGGAUGGAAAUUUUACUGUUCUCUACACACCAUGGCUGCUAAUUUUCAAACGGGGGCCAGUGUAUAAUCAUGCACACUCCCAGAACAGCCUCGCAGCAAUAUCUUUGCAGUGAGGUAACCAAAGAGGAUACAUACAUCACACACCCGAGUCCCAUUAUGAGCCUUAGAAACAUAGUUUAGUUGGUAGUCAGCAGCACACAUCCAUUUCCAAACCCACAACACUCUAUAUUGUGUAUUUACUAUUCUGCAUUUUUCAUGAAUAUUCACAAUAUUUGAUCCUUGGUUAUUUGCCCAAUUUCCCAUUAGCACUAUGAUCAGCUCACCGGUCAUGAAAUGUGAGUGUGUCUGCAGGGUAACAUGCCUCAUACAGACUCUAGGGGACUUCGCAGAUGUUUCCCUAUCACUGCUAGAUUGGACUAUCUGGCUUUGUCUCUGGUCCGAGGUCCACUAAAAGCUGGUUUGAUUUGUAUACCUGGUCUCUCAAUUAUACUCGCUGCAGGUUGAAGUGAUAAUGACUUACAGUGGAUGUGGACUGCACUUACUUGAGGGACCAGUGUAGCAGAAUAUAUAGCUGAGCAGUGAUUGCUUUCCAAAUGAAGUGCUUUGUUUUGAAUAAAAUCUACCUACUCACUACUGACUUAUUGAUGCUGCAUUGAAGAAACUUCACUGUUUCUGGUGAGGGUAAAUGCUGUGUGCUUUGGGACUGCAGAUCACCAUGGAUUUUCUCCUGAAUGAUUUUGUUAUUGUGCUUAAGGUCUCGUAUAAUAAAUAUCUUUGCACUGCUUUGUAUGUUAACUGCAAGAUGAGAUACUGACUAUGUAAUAUGAAAGUGUGAUUGUGUGUUUUGUGAUAAAAUGUGUACAGUACACUAUUUCUUGCUCUCCCCCAUGUCAGCUGUGGCAUUUUAUACAAGAUAAUAAAAAGGUUAUUUUGGACCA